UUAAUGAUUUAUUAGUUGGGAAUAUAAAUAUAUGUAAUUAAAUGUUUAUUUAAAAAAAUACAUUUUCGGUGAUUCUAACCCCUAACCUGUGUAUAAGUUUUUAUUGGAUGAAGAAGAAAAGGUUCUUAAAUAAAACAUUAAUUUAAUUAAUUUAUUAUAAUUAAUCAUUACCUCAUGAAAUUAUCUCCAUAAGCAAAACUUUUAUUGUUUAUUUUUUAAAACAUAACCUCGCACCCCACUACAAUUUUAAGGUUAAGAAAAAUCCUGCCCUUAAUUUGGUAAUUUUUCAAAAAAUGCCCACCGUUUGCCGAUUAUGUUUAAAGAUAACCGAAGAAAGCGAGAUAGCGCACUUUACAAGCGAGCAUUUAUUACAAAUUCGUUCGAUUAUCCCAGAAAUCGAUUUAAAAUCAGUAAAAUCACCUUUAAUAUGCACAGAAUGCACGAAAUCGUUAAAAGCAGCUCACGAUUUCAAAUUGGUGUGUUUAGAGACGGAAAAGCGAUUAGAAUUGUACAUCGAAACGAACGGGAUGAUUAAUUUGGAGGAGUUGUUGAGUUUAGAGUUUGAUGCUGAUGAUAAAAAGGAUGAUGAUUAUUUACUUGAGGAGACGAUCGAUCUUAAAGUGGAGGAUGAUGAGAAUGACGAGGAAUUAAGUAAAUAUCCUUGCGAUAUAUGCGGGAAGGUUUAUUUAAGCUUAAAAUCGAGAAAUAGACACAGAAAAAAUCACUUGGAUAAACCCGUGUGUAAAGUUUGUAACAAAUCGUUUUAUGAUCGUGCUAAUUUAUUGAAACAUCAUCGUAGAUUUCAUUAUUCCGAGGGGAAUGAAGAUAAAUCGGAAGGAUCUCACAAAAAGUUGAAUCGGAAACAACUAAAUAAACAUUUUAAAUGCGAAUAUUGCACAAACUCCUAUAAGAAUCGCUCAGUUCUUGAAUUACAUGUCAAAUCAGUUCAUGAGCCCCAAAAUUAUAUUUGUAAUUUUUGCGAGAAACGAUUCCCAACUAAAUAUUUAUUACAACGUCACAUCGAUCAAAUUCAUUAUGAUAAACGCGAAGAGAUUAAAUAUGUUUGCAAAAUUUGCGACGAAGAUUUUCCCUCACAACAUGAUCUGUGGGAACACCGCAAAGAGAAUCAUCCUGAAUACGAGACUCGACGUUGGACUUGCGAAAUUUGCGGGGGAACUUUCUCCAAAGAAACGCUUGAGGUGCAUCAACGAACACAUACAGGGGAGCGCCCCUUUAAAUGCGACAUUUGCGACAAAGCCUUCACUCAGUCGAGUUCGUUAUGGACGCAUAAACAACAAAUACAUUCCAAUAAACGCCCGUAUGUUUGUGGAUUUUGCCCUCGAAGUUUCCCUCUUAAAGGGAGUUUAACGAAACACAUGCAAGAUACCCAUUUAGGUGAUAAAGUCGAAAAGAAAUUUAAGUGUAUCUAUUGCCCGAAAGCUUAUCGAGUUGAGAGUAAGUUGGUUUAUCAUGUGAGGUGGCACACAAACGAACGAAAACAUAAUUGUGAUGUGUGCGGAAAAGCUUUUGUUGAUAGAAGUUCGGUGGUGAAACAUCGCGUGAUUCAUUCGGAUGAAAAAAGACAUGUUUGUGAGGUUUGUGGGAAAGGGUUUCAUCAAAAAUAUAAUAUGAAAAUUCAUAUGAAAGUACAUUCUAAAUGAAACUAAAAUAAAUUUUUUUAAUUUCAAACUUGGUUAUGCAACCAAUA